AUGUUGUCACAAAAAACGUCUGAGCGAUUUCGAGCUUUUGGUGGAUUUUUUUUUAUUUCACGUUUUACUCAUAAUAUUCCACUUAAGAAAAAGGACUCGCAUAUCUCUCCAAAACAAGCUUGUUCAUUAGUUAAAUCUGAGAAGCAAGUUUCUUCACAAAUUAAUGUUAUCUCUCCAAAACAAGCUCGUUCAUUAGUUAAAUCUGAUAAGCAAGAUUCUUCACAAAUUAAUGUUCGUCCUAAGAAAAGCACAUAUAACCCAAUACCAUCUUGGGUCAACCUUCCCAAGCAUGAUUUGUAUUUGAAAAAAUUACGUUCAAAUAGCAAACCUGGAACAAAAAACGUUCGUGAUAAUUUAACAGAAAAUUUGGACAAAACAGCCUUGGAUCUUGAUGAAACCGUUGCAAUUAAACUCGUACUUCAAAUUGGAGAUUUUGUAGAAGUAAGAAAACAUGGAAAGGUUUUUGUAGGUAUACUUAUCAAACUUCGUGGUCAUGAGGAUGGUGUUGACAAGAACACCACCUUGCUACCCAAUGGACGUGAACUACUUCAUCGAGAAGAUGAUGUGUCUUUUCGAAUUCCCACUUAUGCAUAUUCAAAAAUCAAUCCUUCAGCACUUCCUCUAAACUCGGAUAUUCCUCAAACAUAUGGAAGAGUUGCCUCAACUUUUCUUCAAGCAAGUACAGCAUUGAUACAACAAAACAAUACAGAAUUUCGAAAAGUUUAUUCUCAUUUUUCAUCACCUGAUGAUGCCGAACAUUCUUUAAUCACAGUGGAAGACGCUGCUCGUUUUGUAUUCAAAACAGAGCAGCCACAAACUUCACAAUUAUUUGCAGCGCAUAAUUUUUUAUUAAAUGAUGGAAUUCAUUUUAUGAGUGAUCCCGCAUCAGUGAGAAUUGGGAAAAUUCUGUUACGUCCAAAAUCUGAUGUCCAGGCAAUUGAAACAGUGCUUUCUUCAAUUCGACAAAAAGAUUCGGCGUUCAAUGAUUUCCUAGAAAAAACAAGGUCAAUUAUUCAGCAAAAACGGAUGGCAUCAAAGAAUUAUUCAGUGCCUGUUCCUUCAAUAACACAAUCCAAAAUUCUACCCGCAUUCUCUUCAAUAGACAAAUUGUUUAUAAGAUUUAUUCGUACAUUUAUAUUUUCGAGAGAAACUAUAUCACAAAUAUCAUUUGAUGCCCCUGUGUCUGCGAUUCUGAAACCUCUCAAAUUAUAUGAGGGAUUAUUAGACCGCGAUUGUGCUAUUCAAUUUAUGAUUGAUAUUGGCGUGUGGGCACCAUGGGAAAAUUUAUCUGUAUAUGAAACAUCCUUGGAAUUAAAUGGACAUGGGAUGUCCAAGGCAAGAGAUGAAGCAAUUAAAGAUUCAUCGAGUUUAGCUAAGAAUUUGAUCAGUACUCAAUCACCAUUUCAAUAUAAUUAUGAUAAAAAUAAAAACAAAGGAAAAAAUCAUGUGAAGCGAGAUCCACAGUUAAUGAUUAAAUCUCUACCGAAUCUUGGAGAAAGAGAAUUCUAUCCACGAGAUAUUUGUGAAGAAAUUCGUCAUGAUUUUGGUGAUGCACAGGUUUUCACUAUUGAUGACGUUAAAGCACAUGAAAUCGAUGAUGGUGUCUCUAUAGAACGCAUUGAUGCUCAUGGAUCAGAUCCUAGUGGAUUUUGGGUGCAUGUUCAUAUUGCUGACCCCUCGGCUUAUAUUCAUCCAGAUCAUCAAUUCGCUAAAGAUGCAAGUCGUCGCGUUCAGACUGUUUAUUUUCCAGAGCGGGUUUAUCCCAUGUUUCCUGCUAUAUUGAGUGAGAAAAUAUUUAGUUUAGGAGUGGAAGCAGAAAAAAAUGGCAAUUCGGUUAUGUCUUUUAGUAUCAAAUUGAGUCAUGAUGGUCAAAUUUUGGAUUAUAAAGUUCGACCAGGGAUAAUUCGACGGGUUCAAAAAUUAAAUUAUGAUGCUGUUGAUACAGUUUUAUCCUGGGAUAACAUCCCUGGUGGCAAAAAAGAAGCUAUGUUACUUAGAAAAAAUUUCUAUUUUCAUCCGAGACCGAUCAGCAUAUGUGAAGAGGUUAAAAGUAACGAUGAUAAUACAAAGAGAAUAUUAAAAAAUUUUCAAAAAGAUCUCUUAGAUUUGCAAAAACUUACUUUGAUACACAUGAGAAAUCGUAUAAAAAAUGGGGGGUUUACUUUCUCUCUGCCAUCUUGUAAUGUUAGUGUAUCACCGAGUCCUUUGCCUAUCACCACACCAAAUCCUAAUUUCCCUUCAGAUUUCUCUGGGCUUCCUAUAAUCGAGACAAGUCUUGACAGAUUUUCACAUUCUCCUUCACGUUUGAUGGUGGCAGAACUCAUGAUAAUGGCUGGUCGCGUCGCAUCUCGAUAUUGCACAGAGCAUAAAAUUCCAAUCAUAUUUAGAAAUCAACCAGUCCCGAAUUCUAUCAAGGUCGAGAAACUUUUAUCACAAAUAGAUUCAAGUACUGGUUGUUUGCCUCUUGUUACAGCAUUGAAGGCUCGACCCCUAAUGUCAUCUGCUGAAAUUAGCACUAGACCUGGUCAGCAUUGGGUUAUGGGCAUUCAGGAUGGUUAUGCCAAAGUCACUUCCCCUUUACGCCGUUACAGCGAUCUCGUUGCUCAUUGGCAAAUUAAGGCAUCACUAUUGGAUAUGAAACGUCCUUUUUCAACAGAACAGAUUUCUCAGAUGUUGCCACACAUUCAGUAUCGAGAAAGGGAAUCGAAAAAAAUUGAUACACGGAGUACAAAAUUUUGGGUGUGUAUGUUAAUAAAACGUUUAAGUGAAUCUAAUAAUCUACCUGAAUUGUCAUGUAUAUCUCUCGAAGAUACCAAUGGUGAAAAACCAGCAUAUGGUGCUUUAGUAAGAGAAUUUGGUAUUAAUGCUAAGCUUACAACAUCCUAUAAUGCCAAAAUCGGCGAUAUUUUGAAAGUCCAUUUGGCUGGUAUAUUUCCUUUUCAACCUUCGUUAGAAUUGAAUGUUCAUUGUCCUGGAAUUGAUUACCUUGUUGUCAUUGAUUUCGAAGCUACCUGUGAUGAGAACCCAAACCCUCAAGCAUUACAGGAAACGGCGGAAAUUAUUGAGUUUGCAUGGGUGGUAGUUGAUACUAGCACUUUAGAAGUGGUAUAUCAACACUCUCAAUACGUCAAACCAGAAAAUACACCUUUAACUUCAUUUUGUACUUCUCUUACCAAUAUUACUUGGGAAAAUCUUGAUAAAGCUGGAACUCUUCAAGAAGCAAUAAAGUCCAUGGACAAUUACAUCCAAUCUUUUAUAAUUGUAAAUUCAAAAACUUUCUGCUUUUGCACACAUGGUGCAUGGGAUCUUAGAAUUCAAUUGCCUCGAGAAGCAAGGGAUAAGCAUAUUGAGUUGCCUUCGUAUUUAGCACAUUGCAGGAUGUUUGAUUUGAAACAGGAAUUUCAACGUUGGCAAGUGCAUCAUCCGGAUGUAAUAUUAAAAAGUCAGUCAUUGAGAGAAAUGUGCUCGGCUUUUGAGUUACAAAUCGUGGGUCCAGAACAUUCUGGAUUGAACGAUUCGUUGACAAUGGUCAACAUUAUUCGGUAUUUUUGUUCUUUUGGUCAUCCAGACGUAUUCGUGAACCCGAUUGAUACCAACGCAGAUUUGAAUCAAUUCAAAAAAGAACAAUCAAAGGUAAUCCAUUUGGCUGGAUUGCCUUAUGAUGUUACUCAACCUGAAUUAGAAGCGUGGUUUUCUGGUCAAGGGGUUAGGCCAGCAAUGUUAUGGAUGAUCAGAACACCAGAUCAUCAAAAACCUAGUGGAACAGGAUUCGGUAUAUUUGGGACACAUGAUGAUGCAAUGGCAUGUCUAGACAUGAAUGGUAGGACUUUAGGUGAUAGGGCGAUUGAAGUCAGUCCAAGUAGUGAAAGAGUAAUUGAAGCAGCCGGGGCAAUUUUAGCCCCGUUUCCGAUGGCUAAAACUCGACUUCGACCUGGUGAUUGGGUGUGCCCAGCGUGUCAAUUUCAUAAUUUCGCCUCUCGGAGAACAUGUUUUAAAUGUAAUACUCACAAUCCUAAUCCUGCGCCUGCAACCCCACCUAAUUUCACCAUAGGUGAUUGGAUGUGUCCAAAUCCCCAAUGUAAUUUUCAUAAUUAUGCAUCAAGGACUCAAUGUUUGCGAUGCGGUAGCUAUAAACCUGCCAAUCUUUAUGGACCGUCUCACGCUGGAAAUAUGGCAUUCAGACCCGGAGACUGGAUGUGUCCAAACCCAAGCUGUCUUUUUCAAAAUUUUGCUUCUAGAACUCAUUGCAUGAGAUGUGGUUCAGCAAAUCAUAUGGGAUAUGACGGAUAUCCUAGCGAUCAAGGAGGAUAUGGUAACAGUGGUCAUCCUUCUUCACCGGCUGCAGCACCUUUCCGACCUGGUGAUUGGUAUUGUCCUUCAUGCAACUCUCAUAAUUUCGCAUCCAGGUUUCAAUGCAUUCGUUGUCAGUUGCCGAAACCACCCCAGGUGGCUGGUAAUGCAGCUGCUACUGCUAAUAUGAAACCUGGAGACUGGUUAUGUCAUAAUGAAAUGUGUGGUUAUCAUAAUUUUGCAAAGCGAACUCACUGCGCAAAAUGUGGAAUGCCUAAUAAUAGCGAUGGAUCAAAUGGAUAUUAA